AUGCAGUCCCCGUGGUGGGAUGACAUGUUUCUGGCACUCAGCUUGGCCUUCUGGAUAGCUAAUGCAACAUACCCCGGCUCGACAGGGUUCAUCAAGCUGGCUUUGCUCUUUCAGUACCUGCGGAUCUAUGAGAAGGGGUCAAAAUUCUUCGUAGCCACUCUUGCCACAAUUGUGUUCACAAUCCUCUGGGGUCUGGCGUAUAGCAUCAUCGGUUGGGUGCCAGCAGUACCUGUCUCUGGGUUCUGGAAGAUGGAGAUACCGGCCACGCGGUACGGCUAUGGGUCCCUGGAUGUCAAGAGCUUCGUAGGGACGUACGAGAGCCAUGCCGCGAUUAAUAUGCUUCUCGAUGCCGUCGUUCUUGCCAUUGCGGUACCCAUGUUCUUCAAACAGGGCAUGAGGAAAAAUUCAUACUGGGGACUUUUGGGUCUGUUCGUCCUCGGUGGAGUAGUGAACAUGCUUUCUAUAUGGCGACUACAAAGUAUCGUGGAGACGCGUGCCGCCACUAUGCCUACAUUCGACCCGACUUGGUAUGGAACCACACCAAUAGUACUAUCAUGUAUGGAAGUGGAUCUCGCGGCUGUUUGUGCCUCUCUCCCAGUCUUCUGGCCAGUCAUCCAGAGGGGUAUCGGAUCGGUCAUUGUGGUCACGCACGAAGUGAAGAUCACGCGCGAGCAACGACGAACCGGCAACGAGAACACGGGACAAGCGGGCAAUGACAGCGUGGAGUUGCGCCGGCAGCAAUCGGAAGAAGUGCUACUGGAAAACGGUAACGCGUUGCCAAUCCAAUCGAACAGAUUUUCAUCGGGGAGUCAUGGAUAUUACCGAAACUCUUUCACUUCUAAACAGCAAAAAGGGCCAGCUAAUUCACUAGGGAAGGUUAUGUCGACCGGGGUGCAGUAA